AUGGCGUCUUUGUUACGAGCGAGAAACACUUCUCCUGGCUCUAUGGCGAGGCUUCUUCGGUGCUUCAGCAACGUUCCCGAGAACACAGUCUAUUCGGGUCCCACAGCGCAGAACCCGAACAAGCGAGUCACGCUCAGACACUUGACAGAGAAGUACCGAUCAUUCCAACCCAUAACCAUGGUCACCGCCUACGAUUACCCCGCCGCCGUCCACCUCGACACCGCCGCCGUCGACAUCUGUCUAGUCGGAGACUCCGCUGCCAUGGUGGUCCACGGCCAUGACACCACUCUCCCCAUCACGCUCGACGAGAUGCUCGUCCACUGCCGCGCCGUGGCGCGUGGCGCCAAGACGCCGCUCCUCGUCGGGGACUUGCCUUUCGGGACCUACGAGUCCGAUUCCAAUCAGGCAGUGGAUACAGCUGUUCGGAUUUUGAAGGAAGGGGGAAUGGAUGCCGUAAAACUCGAAGGAGGGUCUCCUUCUAGAAUUGUUGCAGCGAAGGCUAUUGUUGAGGCUGGAGUUGCUGUUAUGGGCCAUGUGGGUCUUACUCCUCAGGCCAUUAGUGUUUUAGGGGGGUUUAGACCUCAAGGAAAAAAUGUUGCUAGUGCUGUCAAGGUUGUAGAGACUGCAUUGGCUUUGCAAGAAGCAGGGUGUUUUUCUGUUGUUCUGGAAUGUGUGCCUGCGCCCGUUGCCGCCGCAGCAACAGCAGCCCUUCAAAUUCCUACAAUUGGAAUUGGGGCUGGACCCUUUUGCAGUGGACAGGUGCUGGUUUACCAUGAUCUGCUUGGUAUGCUACAACACCCCCACCAUGCAAAGGUUACUCCAAAAUUUUGUAAGCAAUAUGCACGUGUAGGAGACGUAAUCAAUAAAGCCUUACUGGAGUACAAGGAAGAUGUUGUAAAUGGUUCGUUUCCUGAUGCUCACCAUAGCCCAUACAAAAUCAGCAAGACAGAUGCAGAUGUAUUUUCAAAUGAGUUGCAGAGGUUAGGUUUGGACAAGGCAGCAUCUGCAGCAUCUGAAGCAGUUUAUAAGAUGGAUACGGCUAAAUCAACUAAACCUCCCUACGCAUCACGCAACGAAUGUGAUCAUGGGUGA